AUGUCACAUUCAGAAAAGGCAGAUGUACCUAAAGGGAGUUGUGCAUUCUUCCUUGAAAGAAAAGCAAGAUAUUGUAGAUUUAAACCAAACCAGGGGCAGCUUUACUGCGCAGAACAUGCUGGAUUGCUUGGUGUUGAUACAGGUAGAAAAAGAAUAAAGUGCCCGCUGAAUGCAAAACAUACCUGUUAUGAAGAUCAGUUGAACAAACAUCUCAAGAAAUGUAGAAAACAACAAAGUGCAGUACCUGUUUACCAUGUAGAGGGAGUUAAUUCUGGAGCAGACUCCACAGACGUCGAGGAAGAAACAAAAAAGAUUCCUUGGGCAGAUAUCCCUUUGUCUGAGCUGCUUAAUUUGAUUGACAGAGUGAAUCAGAAAUACCAAGAACAUAUUGAAACAAUACCAACAGAGAUCUUGGAUCAUGAGAGCUUGCAGGAAGAGUUAGCCAAUGAUAGUUUCAGGAUACCAGCUCUUAGGCAUAGAAAACAACAGGCAUCAUUAAUCGGACAUCUUGGUAAAAUGGAUCUUCUCAAGGAUGGAAUGUGUUAUGUAGAACUUGGUGCUGGAAAGGGCAUGCUGUCCCAUUGGAUACAGAAAGCUUCAUAUAAGUGCAGUAACACUGCCUUUGUUUUGGUGGACAGAGGUCAUGUCCGGUACAAGGCAGACAACCAACACAAGUGGGGUGAAAGUGGACCAAAGUUUGAGAGGAUUAGAAUAGACAUAGCCAAUCUUCAUCUGGGGAAGGUUCCUAGCAUCCAAGAAAACAAACGACCUGUCGUGGCGGUGGGCAAACAUUUAUGUGGGGGUGCGACAGAUCUGGCUGUCCGAUGUGUAACUAAUACCUUGGAUACUGAAGAUGUGGUUGAGAUUGUCGGUGAAGAUGAGCCACUGUGUAAGCGCUCAAAACCCAACACCAGCUCCAGGUUUGCUGGUAUGUCUAUAGCACUGUGUUGUCACCAUCGUUGUACCUGGGAAACUUAUGUAGGAAAAACUUUUAUGAAGACAUGCAAGUUUUCUGCUCGGGACUUCACAUUAAUGUGCAAACUGAGUAGUUGGGCAGCAGCCACGUGGAAAGGCUGGACAACUAUUGAAGAAAUGAACAAGGAAAUGAACUCACCAGCAAAUGUAGAUAAAAACUUACCAGAGCAAAACACAGCACCACAAUGUUUAAAAGUGAAAGACAGCAAUGAAUUCCAGGGGAGCUCGGUUGAAAUUCCCUUUUCUAACAAUGAUGUGGCUAAUAAUACUAACUGUUCAAAGAAACUUUCAAUGGAUAACCAAGAACAACUCAGUCAAGAGGAUGAAGUUGAGGAAGAUCAUUUGUCUGAACCUGCACUUACCAGAAAUGACCUGUCCCUGCCUACAGAGACAAGGGAGAGGAUAGGACGACAAUGUAAACGACUUAUUGACUUUGGUCGUGUUCAAUACCUGCAGGAACAUGGAAUGGAUUCUAAGCUGGUAGUCUACAUUGAUGAAAGACUCACUCCCGAAAAUGUAGCAAUAAUAGCAGUGCCUCAAUGUCAACAGAGUUCUGCUGGGCCAUCAUAACACCGCUACAUUGUCAACUGGGUCAUCACGACUGACUCGGUGUCAACCAAGUACUGCUGGGACAUGGCACUGUCACCCGAGUACUGCUGGGACAUCAUAACGCCGCUUCAUUGUCAACUGGGUCAUCACGGCUGACUCAGUGUCAACCAAGUACUGCUGAGACAACAUGGCAGUCACUUGAGUACUGCUGGGCCACCAUAACACUGCUUCAUUGUCAACUGGGUCAUCAUGGCUGACUCAGAGUCAACCGAGUACUGCUGGGCCAACAUGGCACUGUUGCGCUGUCAACUGAGUACUGCUGGGCAAUCAUAACACUGCUUCAUUGUCAACCAAGUUUUGCUGGACUAUCAUAUCACUACCUCAUUGUCAACCGAGUAAUGCUGGGCCAACAUGGGAUUGUUGUGCAGUCAACCAAGUACUGUCAGGCUAUCAUAACACUUCUUCAUUGUCAACUGAGUACUGUUAGGCCAACAUGGCACUGUUCAUUGUCAAUUGGGUCAUCAUGACUGACUUUGUGUCAACUGAGUACUGCUGGGCCAUAACACUGCACCAUUGUCAACAGAGUACUGCUGGGCAAUAUUUAACACUACGUCAUUGUCAAACUGGGUACUGCAUGAAUAUUAUAUCAUAAAGUUGUUCAGCUGUCAGUCACUACUAGGCCUAUAAUCUGAAGAGAUGAUCAGACAGUAUUUCUUAAGCUAGUUUUACUGGCAAAAUCCAACUACAAUAAAUAUACUGUACACAUCUGAAGAAGAUGUUACGAGUUUUAUAAGAUCUAAUAGA